CAAGCCUGACGAGAAUGAGCCUGCCUGCCUUUCCAAGUAAUUUAAACAGGGUUCGGCCCCUGUGCACGGAUUACGUUGCAAUCUAGGGUGGGGCUUUCAGAUUUGAUCAGUAAAAAAGGUGUAGCCUACACAAACCCAUACUGUAUUUGGACGCCUGACCGCUUCUAUCCGCACUGUCUGGUCUGUGUUUGUCGAAAAUGUUUCGCUGUGGAAUUGCGUAUCCAAGAUGCAGGUGGAUCGUACCACUUCUUUUGCUUUUUGCGAUUAUAUUUGACAUUAUUGCCAUUGCUGCUACUUCGGGAUGGGUUGAGGACAAGGACGCAAAGUCCCACUACGCAAGUAUGUGGAGUCAAUGCCGAGGUCGGAAUGACAAAUGGGAAUGCAAAUCUCUCAUGGAAUUCUCUUGGGCCCAGGCUGUGGCAGCUCUUAUGAUCAUCGGCCUCAUCAUCCUUAUCAUAGCCUUCAUCAUCUCCUGUAUCGCUCUCUGCUGCACCCUCAACAUCAGCCUUCUGCCUGUCAUCGGGGUCCUGCUCUUCAUCACUGUGGUCAUUCAGUUCAUCGCCCUCAUCAUCUACCCAGUCAGGUUCAAUGACCUGAUCUUCGAGGGACGAUACGACUACACCUGGGCCUACGGCUUCGGCUGGGGGGCCACCAUCCUCUGCAUCGGCUGUGGGAUCCUCUUCUGCUGCCUGCCUCGCUACGAGGAUGAGCUCACGGGCCUCGCCAAGACCAAAUACAUCUAUACCUCAGCUUAGAGGAACCACGGACACCCCCAGGCUACAUCUCAAUAGUCUGAAGGGACUUCCCUUAUCUCCUUCCCUCCUCAUCCCCUUUCCUUCCCUUUAUCUUAUUUUUCCAUUCUCUUCAUCUCCUUCCCUUCAUCUGCACUGAGGAAAACAACACAGGAUAGUGAAAGCAAUAUAGUAUUCACCUACCAGGAAUUUACUUUCACCUGCUCAGGUUCUUUCAUAUCAGCCAGAUGAAGGAAAGGAAGCCCACUUUAGACUAUUGAGAUGCAGCCCCAGGUGGACAGAAGACUAUUGAGAUGCAGCCCCAGGUGGACAGAAGCACCUCUGCCACCACAGAGGACACAUCAUUGGAGAUCACUUUUGUCAUUUCUAACAACGCUGAAUGCCCUCUCCGUUGGAAGGAUCCCAUAGAUGUGCCCUAUUUCCGCCCCUAUACUGAUCCCUAUAUUGAUUUGAGUGGUCCACAUGUUACCAGGGGAGGUUGCCAGGUAUGGCUAAUCCAGAGGCUUUUUUUCUAUCACCUUUGAUGUUUUUCCACGUUUGAUGUUUGUGUAGAGUAGUUGAAGUGACUCAGAAGCAAUAUUGCAGAUUAUACAUAAAAAAAUGUGCAUAAACUGCCAUAACCUUAUCCUUAAAUUAGUUUAAUGCAAAAUCACAGAAGUGCACUUAAUAUCAACGGUAAGGACUCCAUCCAAGAGUUGAUGGAUAAUGUCAAGUCUUCUUACCAGCUGAGUUAGAGGGCGUAUGCCCUACAUACAAAGCUAAUGUAUUUGAAUGCAGGAUUGUUGGAUGUUUUAAGAUGUCGCCUUUCAAAAAUGUAUUCACUUUAAUCCUAAUAUGAAUGGUUCAGGUCAUUUACUGGCUAAACUGAAUUGUAAGUACAGUAGGGAAAAUGUAAACAUGAAUGUAUGGUGCAAGGAAAGAGGCAAGUGUUGAUUUGCUUGUAUUCAAUUAGUUAAAGAAUUCUGUUUCUAGUCAUUGUAUUAUGUAACACUCAGCUGUAUUUUAAGAUUUUCUGUCCUUUUUUUACAUUUAAGUUUUCUUACUCCAACAAGGACAAUGUUCUUGUUUUGGCUAUGAAUGGGUAUUGCUGGAUUGCAUUGUUGUGACAAAUGAAAACUAAAACAAAUAAAGGAGAAAUACACA